UGUGGGCGGGAGCCGGGCCGGGCCCGCUCCGCCCCUCCCCGCCGCCUGGAGCGCGGUGCUCGCCGCUCCAGAAGAGGCGCCGGGCGCCGCGGGAGCGGCAGGAUUACGGCGAGCGGCUUUGCUGAAGGGGCAUCGGUGAGCUGCUCUGUGCUCGGCGGGGAGCGGCUUGCUUUGAGGUUAAACCGUGCCACCUGGAAGACUAAAGAUACAGUUCACCUGAGACCCAACCACAAUUACUGAGUUUAGGUGACUGAAGAUGCUGCUGCUGUGGAAACAGCUGUUCCUGGUAUCAUUUGUUGGCUGUCUUGGAGAGCUUGAGAACGCCAGGACGAAAAUGAGAAGCGCGGUGUCGGUGCGAGAGGGGCAGGGAGUUGUGCUGCUCUGCGGACCACCCCCUCGGGCAGGAGACCUGUCAUUUGCUUGGAUCUUCAAUGAAUACCCCUCCUUUGUGCAAGAGGACAGCCGGCGGUUUGUGUCUCAAGAGACAGGGCACCUCUACAUAGCCAAAGUGGAGCCAUCAGACGUGGGCAACUACACCUGCGUGGUAACCAGCACCGUGACCAACAGCCAGGUCCUGGGGUCGCCAACUCCUCUAGUGCUGCGCACCGAUGGUGUGAUGGGAGAAUAUGAACCCAAAAUAGAAGUUCAGUUUCCUGAGACUCUUCCUGCAGCUAAAGGCUCAACGGUGAAGCUAGAAUGCUUUGCACUAGGAAACCCUGUGCCUCAGAUCAACUGGAGGAGAACUGAUGGUCUGCCCUUUCCAAGUAAAAUCAAGCUGAGGAAAGCCAAUGGCAUGAUUGAAAUACCUAAUUUCCAGCAGGAGGAUGCUGGACUUUAUGAAUGUAUUACUGAAAACUCAAGAGGAAAAAACAUUGCAAGGGGACGUCUCACUUACUAUGCAAAACCUCACUGGGUCCAGGUGAUAAAGGAUACUGAAGCUGCUGUGGAGGACACCUUAUACUGGGAUUGCAGAGCAAGUGGGAAGCCCAAACCAUCCUAUAGGUGGCUGAAGAAUGGAGAACAACUGUCAAUAGAGGGAAGGAUCCAAAUUGAAAAUGGUGCACUUACCAUAUCAAAUCUAAAUCUGACAGAUUCUGGCAGAUACCAGUGCAUAGCUGAAAAUAAACAUGGUGUCAUCUCCUCAAGUGCAGAGCUCAGGGUUGUAGCUUCUGCUCCAGACUUUUCCAAGAGUCCAAUGAAGAAACUGAUCCAGGUUCAGAUAGGCAGCACAGUUGAUUUUGAAUGCAAACCCAAAGCUUCCCCUAAGGCCAAAUGCUCCUGGAAGAAGGGAGGUGAGCAGCUACACGAAAAUGAAAGAAUCAUGUUUUUGAAGGAUGGAGGACUAAGAAUAGCCAAUGUGACCAAAGCUGAUGCUGGAAGCUAUAUGUGCCUGGCAACAAACCAGUUUGGAACAGCCAGUGGCUCAACAAGCUUAAUAGUCACAGAGCCAACCAGGAUUACUUUGGCACCUUCCAACAUGGAUGUCACCGUGGGAGAAAGUGUUGUGUUGCCUUGCCAGGUUCAGCAUGAUCCUAUACUGGACAUCAGCUUCACCUGGUACUUCAACGGAACGCUCACGGACUUCAAGAAAGAUGCUUCUCACUUUGAGAAGGUUGGAGGGCAGAGUGCAGCAGGAGAUUUAAUGAUUAGAAACAUCCAGCUGAAACACAGCGGAAAAUACGUUUGCAUGGUGAAGACGGAAGUGGAUAGCGUCGCGUCGGCAGCAGACCUUAUCGUACGAGGCUCACCUGGGCCCCCUGAACACGUGAAAGUGGAUGAAAUUACUGAUACCACAGCACAGAUCUCCUGGCAAGAAGGCACAGACAAUCACAGCCCGGUAACCACUUACACCGUACAAGCAAGGACGCCCUUUUCAGUUGGCUGGCAGCGAGUUACAACAGUUCCAGAGGUGAUCGAUGGGAAAACAUUCACAACCACAGUGGUGGAUUUAAAUCCUUGGGUGGAAUAUGAAUUCCGUGUGGUUGCCAGUAACAAAAUAGGAGGUGGAGAACCUAGUUUACCCUCAGAAAAAGUAAGAACUGAAGAGGCAGCUCCUGAAAUCCCCCCAUCUGAAGUCAGCGGGGGAGGAGGCAGCAGGUCUGAGCUGGUCAUAACAUGGGAUCCCAUCCCAGAAGAGUUGCAAAACGGAGAAGGCUUUGGCUAUGUCGUUGCUUUCCGCCCCUCUGGCACCACAACCUGGAUACAGACUGUGGUCACCUCUCCUGACACCCCACGCUAUGUCUUUAGAAAUGAAAGCAUCUUGCCCUUUUCACCAUAUGAAGUCAAAGUUGGGGUCUAUAACAACAAAGGAGAAGGACCAUUUAGUUCAGUAACCACCGUUUUUUCAGCAGAAGAAGAGCCAAGUAUAGCACCCUCUGGUGUGUCUGCAACCAGUCUGUCAUCCUCAGUCAUCGAGGUCUCCUGGACAGCCAUUCCCUGGAAGAUGAGCAGUGGAAGGUUACUGGGCUAUGAGGUUAGGUACUGGAACAAUGGGGGAAAAGAAGAAUCUUCAAACAGAGUCAAAGCUGCAGGGAAUGAGACAUCAGUAAGAAUAACAGGUUUGAAGAGCAACUUAGCCUACUACACAGCUGUCCGUGCUUAUAACAGUGCUGGAGCAGGUCCCUUCAGUGUCACAGUGAAUGCUACCACAAAAAAGACACCACCCAGUCAACCCCCGGGAAACCUUGUGUGGAAUGUCACCAACUCCAGAGUAAUCCUCAACUGGGAGGAAGUAAGAGCAAUGGAGAAUGAGUCGGAGGUCACCGGGUAUAAGGUUUUGUACAGGACCAGCAGCCAGCCCAGUAUGAAUGUGCUGAGCACCGACAAGACAACUGCCGAACUUCUGCUGCAGUCUAAUGAAGAUUACAUCAUUGAAGUGAAAGCAACAACUGAUGGUGGAGAUGGCACCAGCAGCGAGCAGAUCCUGAUUCCCAGGCUAGCAAGUAUGGAUGCAAGGGGUUGUGGCCCAUCAGUCUCGAGCAUCUUCAGUGUAUCCAGCUUCUUACCAACAAUCCUUUCCUUGACUCUUAACUCCAUGUUGUGAUGAUGCUUUUUUUUUUGUUUGCUGGGGGGACAAAAAAAAAACCAAGAAAGAAAGAAUCUGUUACUACAGAAAAGUGCUUUUUUAAGAGAAAACUGCAGUGGUUAAUGCAUGUUUUUCUUCUAUCCUGAAGUGUUUUUAAAUUCUUUCUAUUUCACUGUAGGUUGAAGUAAAACUCUCAUGUAAAGUUUAGCAAAUCCUUUAAAAAGGAACUCGAAAAUGCCUUAAUACUUGAACCAAAGGAGUUUACAGAUUACAUACUUCAGCUACGCCGUGAGAGAGGGAGAGCAGUGGCAACAUGGUCAGCGUAAAGAGGAAGAGCUUAGUGACAAACUUGGUUCUGUGGUGACACUGAAUCACUUUGGGUGUGUUCUGAUGUUAGGAUGACGUCGGAGAUGUGGCUUUCCAGGCGGGUGGUAACACGCUGACCUAGCACCUGUCCUUAAGACAUUGUCAUAAUCCAAUAGGUUUGGAUCAGUUUUCUUAUUGCCCUGUAUAUAAAUUAUUCCAAAUCCAGCAUGAAAUCAGAGAAGGAAGGUAGAGAGAAGUCCCACUAUGGAUAUUAUCCAGGCUGGGGCAUUCAAGAGGCAGGGCUUCCCCUACUACCCUUAAGAACACUGACUGCAUGCUGGGUGGUAACACACUGACCUAGCACCCAUCCUUAAGACACUGUCAUAAUCCAAUCGGUUUGGAUCAGUUUUCUUACUGCCCUGCAUAUAAAUUAUUCCAAAUGCAGCACAAAAUCAGAGAGGGAAGGUAGAGAGAAGUCCCCAGGCUGGAGUGUCCAAGAGGCAGGGCUUCCACUACUACCCUGAAGAACACAGCCGUGUUUCACUGAUCACAGCAUGCACCCAACCUUCCUCUCCAGCAAGACAUUUGCAACUUCAGUUCCCUCUGCACUCACUUUACAUUUCUUAACCAGGUUCUUCAUUCAUAACCACAUUCUCUUGCCUUCAGGAUCAUUCUGUUGCCCUGCUCUGAACUCCUGUCAGUGUUUCCCUAACAAAAGUGCCCAGCUGCAAGUAGUACUGAAAUGCAGUUGCACCAUAGCCUUACGAAAAGGGACUACUACCACCACCACCUCCCUGCCUUGUGAUGUGGUGCUUCCAAAUAUGCAGCCCCAAAUCAUCUUGCUCUGUUGUCUGCACUGUAAGCUCAUCCUUCAUUCAGUGUUACAUACAUCCCUAACUCCCCUUUCACUGCUCUUGAACCGAUUCAAAACUUACUUCACCUGCUCUGGCACUCUCGUGCACCCCAUUACUGUCUUGGUUUUGCUAAGUUGAUGGUAAUACUACAGGUUGUAAGGAAAAAAAACUAGACAAAGACACUUCAGGCUUGCUGUUACAGAGAAACCUGUGUUUCCUUUCACAGCACUGUGUUAAAAAUCCAUUAAACCUGGUACAUUUGACUUCUCUAGCUGUGAAUUUAGUCCAAUCAGCCAUCUUCUAGAGAGCUGCCUACAGAUGUGGCAGAGCAGUGUUCAUGUGACAUAAAAGCAAACCCUUUUAAAGACCUUUUUUUUUUCCCCUCUCUUUCACAACGUUAUUCCAACCCAGAGAACUAUAAAGGGAGAGAACCAGGCUUCAUGAAAUUAUGGUUAGCACUGUAAAGAACCAAAACAAAAACCCACAAAGCUUUGGAUAUGCAUUCAAAUAGCAAAUCACCUUCUUGGUAUCACAUCCAGAUGGACAUCUGUGUUGAAGCAAGCAGGACCUGUAUAUACUGUACAUACCUAGUUAGAAAUGGCUAGUUGCUUUUCAGUGUGGCUAACCAGUGGUGUUUGCAGACACUUACUUGCAAAUGGGGUGGGGGGUAGGGGUGGGGUGGGUGGGAGAUGGAAAACCAGGUGUUACUAGUCAGUGUAUAGUUAUGUCCCAUGCAACAAAGGGUGACUCUUUCUAUUCUCAGCUCACACCAUUCUAGUCCCUGUCCUGCCACUUCCAUGUGACAACACUGUCUUCUUUAAUUUCUAGUUAUAUAUCUCCAUGAGAUAUGUGCCCAGGACUUUGUUUCAUAUUGAAAAGUUUGAAAUUUAUCCUUAAAAAACUUCCAGCUGUGUGUGUAUCCUAUGGUUAUCUGUAUGCAUUUUUUUCUAUUACUCUAAUAAAAUAUUUAUUACAUUGA